AGCCUUCUAAGACGCUCUUCCUCCAAGAAAUCUUCAACCGCCGCUCGUAAGAAAUAGAGAGAGAUUGGGCCCCGUGGGUCGGGCUCUUCAGGAGGAAUUCCGAGAUAACUCCGGCAGCCGGUCGUCGAGUCCUUCACGCAGGUCUUCAAGUCCCUCUCCGUCGUCCAACAGCCCCAUCAGCUCCCCGGUGUCUCCCCGUCGCAGCUGCCCCACUCCGCCCUCUCCUCUGACCCAUAGGAACUCCCACAGCCGCAGCAGUUCACCCCAGCUGACGCCACCUCAGCAGGCGUCAUUGCAGAGAGACGGCUCACGACGCAGUUCUUCGCCUCUGAGGUCGCCAAGACAAGCCACUUCACCCCUCUCUUCUCCUAAACGGGGCACCUCACCCACCAGUCCAAAGCGCGGGACGUCUCCGGUACGAUCGAGUAGCUCUUCUCCUGUUAACUCUCCUAUGUACAGUUCCUCCCCAGCAGACUCUCCAAAGCACUCCUACAGUCCCCCGUUUAUGACCAGACAUACAUACACCUCCCCACCGGGAUCGCCAAAGCGUGGUAGUUCUCCAGUCCCUCCCCAGAGCUACAACUCUUCGCCUUACUCGUCUCCCAAGCGCUCGUUGUCUGCUCCUAACUCUCCCCAACGCUCAGUGAGGAAGGAACUUCUCUCGCCAAGAAGUAUAUUCCGACUAUGGCAAAACUCGUCCAGAAAGAACAACGGAGACAACAAAUCUCUCAGACCUAGCUCGCCUUAUCUAAUGGUGGACAACAACAGAGACGCUCAACACAACGAAAGAGAGAUCAAGAUGGAAGACAAAACACUGAGACAACACGUGAGGCCGGAACAUGAUAUAAGAAUCAUAACGCCAGAAAAUGGGACAGUCAGUGAUCUAUGCACUUCCAAACAGUCGACGGUGCCUCAGCCUCCCUCCAGGGAGCUGUCUUCCUCUCCUCACUUACAGAGGCAAGGGUCACUUCCCACACAGACCACACAAUAUUCCCACCCCUGCCAUCCAAGCAUCUUGGGGUCCUACCUCCAGAUAUACCGACAGUCAUCUCUGCCUGAGGAGGACAUGGAAGAAUCGCUGCACAGUUCAUCAGUAACCACGUCAGACCAGCAGCUGUACCGAUGGAUCACUCGCCAAUCACAGCCUCCUCAGCCAUUAACUUGCCCCUACGAUGAGCUGUUCAAGCAAGCGUCUAUGCAGGAAUCUAGAUACAAGAGCAAACCCAUAGCUCAGAGAACACAUUCACUACCACCAGAAACAAAUGAAAAUAACCAAAAUUUCAUCAAUUCCCUCAAAGGGGUAACAACGAGCCAAAGCAAGGAGUCGACAAAACCGAAGUCAGAGGAAUACUUAGUAAACAAGACCAGCUCGCAGAGUAAUGCAGUCUUCAGACAAGCAUCACUGCCAGAGACUUCUUCCCUUUCAAGAUCUCCACAGAGGCGACCUCCACCACCUGCUGUGCCGGAUGUACUACCUCGACGACCGUCAUUGGGAACUCCGUCCCAGAAGAAACUAUUGCAACAAAAUUCUAUCGACAGAGACCCACAGCAACAAGAGCGUGACACGCCAACACCACCACAACUACAGCGUGACACGCCAACACCACCACAACUACAGCGUGACACGCCAACACCACCACAAUUACAGCGUGACACGCCAACACCACCACAACUACACCGUGACACGCCAACACCACCACAACAACAGACAGGAAAGAAAAUUUCACCACAACGAACGCCGCCGCCCCUACCACCAAAUAAACCAAAAUAUAUACCCAAACCGUCGGAAUCCACUUCUCAGAAAGCUAACAUUCCUCUACAAAGCAUAGGAGACUCAAACACUGAAGGCGAAAAAGAAUCCAAACCUACAUUUUGUGCAGGAGAUUCCACAUCUAAAGAUAGAGCAGCAGUCAAACUUUCUUCAUCUUGUACAAAAGACUCCAAAUCGAAAGGCAAAAUGGCAUUAGAACAUCCUGCAGUUGGUACAGGAGGCUCCAGCGAUGAAAACAAAAGAGCAUCAUGUAUCUCAACAUCUUGCAUCAACAAGUUUCCUUCUGUACCAGAUCAUGAGAUACCAGAACCACCAGCAGAAACCACCGAGCAAGUGCCUCAGAAAACAUAAAUGAUGCUCUAGCUCCUCAUCCAAAGGAAUCCUGUAAUCCAGGAUCGCACUUAAAGAAAGAUGAUAAUCCAGGUCCUCACUUAAAGAAAGAUAAUAAUCCAGGUCCUCACUUAAAGAAAGAUGAUAAUCCAGGGCCUCAUUUAAAGAAAGAUGAUAAUCAGGGC